AGGCUUUAAUUAAUUCUGAAUACAUUUUUAAAGCUUGUAAAGAAAAAAGGUAUUUUUUACAGAAACUAGAAGAAGACAUGAAGAAAAGAGUAAUUGUGAAGAAGCUAUUUGCAGAAUAACUUUGUGCGUGUAUAUAUUGUUGUACCUGUGAUCCCAAUCCCGAGCAUUUAGACUUUGCCUGCCCCAAAAGUAACCUUUGUCUUUUAUGUCUUCGCACAAUGAGCGAUGUUGAUUUUGUUGCGAAAAAAGUUGGCCUUAAGUCAGCCAAAUCCAUUGACAAUGAUGCCGCCACGACACCGGAAACACGUUACAGUUUCACAGGACGCAUGCAGGAGCUGGUCGAGGCAUACAAUGCGACGGUGCAAUUGCUGGUGCCGAGGUGGCCCUGGUUCUUCUUCCCUGGCUAUUUGAUAUAUGCGGUAUACUGGCGCUAUGCCAAAUACUACAGGGGCAAGUUUCUGCUCACCCCCGUGCCCAAUCAGCUCUACGAGUUGCUGAUCAAGAACGAGCUGAUCAAAUCGGAACACAUCAUCUUUGCCAGCAAGGAUGUUUACGAUGCUUACGCCGAGUCGGCUGAUGUGAAUUUUGUCAAUUUGAUUGUGCGCGGAGCGUGGAGCAGCAAGGCGAAUCCGAAAAGUGGCUCCGUUCGCAGCUGGGAUAGCUCCGAAGUGGUCAAACAAAUCCUACAGGAGACGCCAUAUACCAUCGUGGCACAAAUAUUGCCGAUAGAAAAUGCACAAUGCCAGAGCAAUUGUCUGUAUGUAAAGGAAAACUUUUAUGGCAACCUAAUGGAGCGCUGCGGCAACAAUAAGAAGCGCAACAACUGCUGGGUGCAGUUGGACACCUUCAAUGAUGAACAGACAAUACCCACGAUUGCCACGAAAGCUCAGGUGUAUCUGCUCAACAAUCCACAUGAACUGCCCGCUGAGGUGUCAGAGCUGAUCUUGUCCAACUAUUUCAAUACUCCGCGCAUGCUCCAUCGCGGUCACAUCUAUCGCAUCGAGGUGAAUGCCCAGCUGGUGGGCACAGCUGCCUUUGCCCAUUACUAUCUGAUAUUCGCCUAUUUGCGUGAGGUUUACUUCCGCUGCGUUCACCUGGAGGCGAAGGGCAGUGAAUUUGAGGUGCAGGCAGUUGUGGCCAAGAACUUCAGCAAUUUGGUGCAGGUGCCGCAUGUGCACAGCUUUUUGCCACGCCAGGCUCUCGACAGCUGUGCCAUAGCCAACAAUUAUCCCAGUGGCUUGCGCAGGCCAUACCAGAUGCUGCGCUCCUCGGUGGAUGCCUUUUUGCCCAAACGCUCUGCUUGUUUGUCUUCCAAGCACAUCUUUCCGGUCUUCUUGCUGCAGGGCGAUCGCGGCUCUGGCAAGACGAAACUCAUCACUGCCGUUGCCCAGGAGCUGGGCAUGCAUCUAUAUGGAGCCGAUUGUGCUGAGAUUGUGUCACAAGUUCCAUCGCACACCGAGAUGAAGCUGAAGGCGGUGUUUGCCAAGAGUCAGGUUAGCGAGCCGCUAAUCAUUUGCUUCCAUAACUUUGAGAUCUUUGGCAUUGACAACGAAGGCAAUGAGGAUCUUCGCCUGCUCUCCGCCUUUCAUGUACAGAUCCAGGAGCUAUUUUCACGCGAUCGCAAAUAUCCCGUCGUUGUUGUUGCCUUGACCAGUGACCGUCAUCUGAAGCCCAUGAUCCAGAGCCUGUUCCUGGAGAUAAUCAACAUUGAAGCACCCAACCAAUCGGAGCGCUUCGAGCUGUUGAAAUGGAUGCACGUGCGCGAGUCCUUCAAUGAUGCAAUUUACAAUCAGAAGGCAUUGGCCAAGCUGCCGCUCUUCCCACUCAACAUGCAAUCCCAAUACAUGAGCAAGCUCUGUCCCCAGUGGGGAAUUGUAAAGGAUGUAUUGGAAGAGGUUGCGACCAAGUCGCAGGGAUUUAUGCUGGGUGAUCUGCAGCUGCUUUAUGAUAAUGCAGUGCGACUUAAGCGACGCCAAUCGUCAGAUGGACAAACGCAUCUGACCUUAGAUCACUUCUCUAAAAAUCUGAAUGAUAUGCAGAGUUCCUUUGCCGACAGCUUGGGUGCGCCCAAGGUGCCCAAGGUAUACUGGUCCGAUAUCGGAGGUCUCUCUAAGCUGAAGGAUGAGAUCCAAAGCAGCAUUGGACUGCCGCUGAAACACGUUCAUUUGAUGGGCAAGAACCUGCGACGUUCUGGCAUCUUACUCUACGGACCACCGGGCACGGGCAAAACUUUGGUCGCCAAGGCGGUGGCCACCGAAUGCAAUCUGAGUUUCCUCUCGGUCCAGGGUCCCGAGCUGCUCAACAUGUACGUGGGCCAGAGCGAACAGAAUGUGCGUGAGGUCUUCACCCGUGCCCGGUCCGCUGCCCCAUGUGUCCUGUUCUUGGAUGAACUGGAUUCGUUGGCGCCCAAUCGUGGCGUUGCUGGCGACUCGGGCGGUGUCAUGGAUCGCGUCGUAUCUCAGCUACUGGCCGAAAUGGACGGCAUGUCCAGUGGCGAUGCGACAAAGCCCAUUUUUAUACUCGCUGCCACAAAUCGUCCGGAUCUAAUCGAUCCGGCGCUGCUGCGACCCGGACGCUUUGAUAAACUCUUUUAUGUCGGCCCAUGCUCGACGCCCGAUGACAAGGCCGCUGUGCUGCGUGCGCAAACCCAACGCUUUAAUCUGGCGGACGACGUUGACUUGGUCCAGAUCGCAGAGAAUCUGAAGAGUGAAAUGAGCGGCGCUGAUCUCUACUCCAUUUGCUCCAAUGCCUGGCUAUCGGCAGUCAGACGCAUCAUUGGCAAACAUGAGAGCUGCGGCCGAGAGGCCAAGGAGUUGAGUGCUGAGCACAUUAUCGUCGAGUCGGAGGACUUUACAACGUCCUUCAGGAAAUUUGUGCCUUCAAUUAGCCAAAGUGAUUUAGAAUAUUUCAGGAACCUAAAGGAAACAUAUAGCGUUUAAUUGUUGAACUAUUUUUUGUAUAUUU